ACUGAAGCAGGCAGCGUUCCGCCCUGAGCAGGCCAGGCAUCCCCCGCUACUCAGCUUCAAGGCCAUAUAUCGUGCUCUCCCCCAGAGGCCUGUUGCAGUAUCUGUUUUUCUUAAGGUUGUAUCUAAAUGUGCUUGUUAACUAGUAAAAUUUCCCGGGGGUUAUAUUUUACGUAAUACAUUGUUCUGAGGGGCAGUUGCACUGCUAGGGUUGCAUUUUGUAAGUUUUCACUUUCCAAGGGUGGAAGAAGUCAGGGCAGGAUUCUUCUGUCUGGGAGUGCUGAGUGCCCCAGGUCCCUGUUUCAGCUGAGACCUCUGCAACCUGUGCCAGGCUGUGCUUCUCCACUAUCCUGGGAACCAGCUGCCUCUCAGACAAGAAGAGCCUGUGGCACCUAUGUUGGAUCUGGAAGCAGGGUUUGGGGCUUGAGCAGUGAACCACAUGUGCAAUCUCUGAGAGAAGAUUUGGGGCUGGCUGAGGUCUCACAGUACUGAGUUAGAGACGCUCCAGAAGCCCCAGGUUUUCAAGCAGCUCUGAGGAAAUGGAGGAUUGCUGCAGGGGCUCUUUGAUCUCCCAUCUCCCCUCCCUGCUUCUCCUCUUGCAGCUGCCUACUGAGGGCUCUGCAGAGCAGUUUAUGGUGAUUGGCCCCUCCGAACCCAUUGUGGCAGUGUUAGGUGCGGACAUCAUGCUGCCAUGUCAUGUGUCCCCGGCCAUGGAUGUGGAGAAUAUGGAGCUGCGGUGGUUCCGCUCCAAGUUCUCAGAAGCAGUGUUCAUCUAUCAAAACCAGCAGGAGCAGACAGAAGAGCAGUUGGCUCAGUACAGAGGGCGAACCUCACUGGUGAAGGAUUUCCUCACCCAGGGGGAGGCUGCUGUGCGCAUCCACAAUGUCCAGGCUUUCGACAAUGGGCUGUAUACCUGCUUCUUCCGAAUGGGAAUCUUCUAUGAAGAGGCCGGUUUGGAACUGAAGGUGGCAGGUGUGGGCUCUGCCCCUCAAGUACACAUCACAGGGCCAGAGGAGGAUGGGGUCCGAGUUGUGUGCAUGGCCUCAGGGUGGUUCCCAAAGCCCCAAGUGCAGUGGAGAGCUCUCAGUGGAGAGAAGUUCCUGACGUUCUCUGAGACCCAAGCCCAAGAUGAUGAAGGGCUGUUCACCAUAGAGACCACUCUUGUGGUGAGGGACAGCUCUUCAGGGAAUGUGACCUGCUCAGUCCUCAACCCCAUCCUGGGCCAGGAGAAGGCAAUGGCCAUUUUCAUCCCAGAACCCUUCUUCCCUCUGAGUUCUCCCUGGAAGCUGACUUUCAUGGUGAUCCUGACUGUGCUGAUGCUCCUACUCCUUGGGGCUGUCUUCUACAUCAUGAGAGAACAUACUGCAAAGCACCAGGCGAUGCAGGAAUUGGAGAAACUGCACAGAGAAAAGGAGGAGGACCAGCGGAUAAAGGAGGAGGCACUGAAGGCUAGAGGAGACAUUCUGGUUCUCAGCUCACCUGUUUCCUGUGUUGCCUUUCAGACUGGAGGAAAUCUGUUUACCUGGCCGAUUGGCGGAAGGAGAAGUUCCAGGCCUGUGAGUUACUUCUGUUGUUUGGGUGCUCCUACUGCUAUCCCAUGGCUGCUGACAUCUCCUUCAGCUUGCUGUGUGUCUGUCAGUCUGGAUCCAGAGUCUGCCCAUUCCAGCCUUGAUGUCUCUGAUGACAAGACUAGUGUGACCUUCAAGAACUCAUCCAGCAACUCAGAUUAUGGAGUCUCUAGUGUCUUGGGUCAUGAAGGCAUCACAUCAGGGUGCUGUUACUGGGAGGUGGAGAUCAGGAAUACAAAAAGAAGUGAGUGGGCACUGGGGGUCUGUAGGAAAGAUGUGGAGAGGAAAGGCUGGUACCAGGAAUCCCCAGAAAAGGGGUUCUGGGCGGUGGGGGUGUAUGGAAAUGAAUUCUACCGCCUCUCUGCUAAUGGAGAACACAUUGAGCCAAUUCCCCAGAGGGUAGGGGUUUUCCUGGAUCUGAAGGAAGGGGAUGUCUCAUUCUACAACAUGACUGAUGGUUCCCACCUUUUCUCCUUCUCUCUCACUUCCUCCUCUGGGACUCUGUUUCCAUACUUCAGGUUGAGGGAAGGAGAUGUGUCCCUAACCAUCUGCUCUGGGGUGGGUGGGCCUGUGCAGACCCCUGUACUUCUUAACAACCGUCCUUGUUCUUCAGAAGAGCCUGUGAGCCUCUCAGGGCAAGGGAUCAGUUCAGGCUGUGGUGUUGAUGGUGAUGUCCCAGGGGCUGAGUCCCCAUUACUUCCCUGUGGUCCUGAAGCUAUGUCCCCAUAAUGCUCCAACCCUGUCCCAGGUUCCUCAUGGUGGCUUCUCCUGGAGCUGCAGAUUCCCAGGGGUACUAGCUUCUGAAGUUAGUCCUGAAGGACUGGGUGUCUUGCCCUUCUUUUCUGGUAUAGACUGCUGGGCUGAGGUUAUGAGAAUAGUUGGUUCAUGCCUUAUUUUCAGGUAUUAGAAGAUAACUGUUGACUUUUUCAGCUGUAAUGGGUUUGGCUGAAUUUUGCUAUUGGAAGUCAUGUUUCUUUUGAUAAUGAACAUUAUUUCAUGGAGUCUUUGUAUUGUUUUGAUAUGUAAUGAGAUGAGGUCUGAAUUAUUCUGAAGAAUUAAAUGGGUUUUAUCUUAUAUAGUUUGAGUUGUGCAGAUGAACCCAGAGACUACAGGUGGGUUACCUGCUCUAUUUAGGUAAUGUGCACUCUGACUAAAAAACAUUGUCCAUCUAAACAUUUCUGAAGAAAUGUAUGGCUAAUGGACUUGAAGAAGAGUGGAGUGUAAUAUUCUAUUGUACAUGCUUCCUAUUCUGGAAUGGAUGAGACAUACUUAUCUUAACGAACAUUAGUAAAUAUUUGUUUUUUCUGAAAUACUGGUGCUGCAUUAAUUCAGGGAAUGGAAAAAAUGAGAAUUUCGGUUUCCUUGUGAGUCAACAGCAGUUGGAAAGAACAGAACUGCUACCAG